AUGACGGUUACUAAAUCACUCUUGAUAGGAAUAGAUGUUGGUGGGACCAAUACUGAUUCUGUAUUAUUAAACCCCGACCAACUCGAUGACGAGAACAGAGGUGUCAUUUCUUUCCAUAAGUCUACAACUACUGCUGAUGUUGCAGAAGGUAUCUCUAAUGCAAUUGGCCUGUUGUUUGAAAAGCAGAAAGAAUGUAAUGUUGAAGAUGUUCUAGCAGUAACUAUUGGAACUACGCACUUCAUUAAUGCGGUUGUCGAACAAGAUAAGGCUCGUUUGCAACCGGUAGCUGUUAUGCGCUUGUGUGGUCCUUAUGGUAAGGGUUCCUUUCCAUAUUCAGAUUUCCCCGAAGGAUUGAAAAAAAUUAUCGAAUCCUACAAUUGUUACAUUGAUGGGGGGCAUAGAGUUGAUGGAAAUGAAAUCCAAAAGUUAGAUGAGAAUGCAAUCAUUGAGCAUGCUACGAAGAUUAAAGAAUUAGGGAUUAAGGCUGUUGCAAUCGUCGGAAUUUUUGCUGUGAUUGAUAAAACUCAUGAAAAAAGGGCUGCAGAGCUAGUUAGAAGUGUUAUUCCAGAUGGACAAAUCGUGAUGUCUCACACAGUUUCAGGUAUUGGUCUUUUAGCGAGAGAAAAUGCUAGUAUUUUGAAUGCUUCAAUUCUGGCCUUUGCAGCUAAAAUUAUUGGUUCAUUUAUAAAAUCAGUUAGAGUUUUAGGAUUAACUUGUCCCAUUUUGUUGACUCAAAAUGACGGGACGGUUUUAACUGUCAAGGAAGCACUCGCUACCCCGAUCCGAACUUUUUCCUCUGGUGCAACUAACUCGAUGCGAGGAGCAGCGUUUCUUUGUUCUAAAGAAAAAGAAAUAUCAGGAAAGAGUAUUAUGGUAGUUGAUGUGGGGGGAACUACGACAGAUGUAGGAUUACUAUUGCCUUCAGGGUUCCCACGUCAAUCAUUUGCUCAUAGUGUUAUUGGCGGUGUUCGUAUGAACUUCUCUAUGCCUCACGUUGAGUCAAUUGGACUAGGGGGUGGUUCUAUCGUAAGAGAUAGAGAUGGAGUUAUUACAGUUGGUCCCGAUUCUGUAGGAGCAGAUAUCAAGACAAGAGCUAGAGUAUUUGGUGGUGAUACUAUCACGGCUACUGAUGUGAUGGUUGCAACAACUGAUGGAAAUAGUGUUUUUGAUGUUGGCAACAUGCAGAGAGUGAAAGGUCUUUUCAGUAAUUCAUAUAUUGAGGGCUACGAAGCGGUUGUCAAGUCCAAAUUGGAAAGCGUGAUUGAUAGAAUGAGAACUAGUCCGGAACCUUUGCCUGUUUUACUUGUCGGGGGAGGUUCAUUUGUUGCACCAUUAACUCUCAAUGGAGCAUCCAAAGUAUAUCGUCCUCCCUAUUAUCAAGUUGCAAAUGCUAUAGGGGCUGCAAUGGGAAAAUUAUCAGCAUCUAUUCAUAAAAUAGAAAGGCUCGACAGCUUAUCUGAUAAAGAUUCUGUCAUCGAAAGCAUGAUCCAAGAAGUCACUGAAGAAAUUGUUAACAAAGGGGGUCUCAAACCAACAGUAAUGGUUGUUGACCUUUCCUAUGACCCUAUUCCAUAUGUUGAGAAGACUUACUCAUUUGAAAUAAAGGUUAUAGCAGAUAUUGACUAUAAAAAGAUCUCCUUGGCAAUCAAGAACUUUGAGAUUGAAGUAAUGCCUGCUAUUGAAUCCAGAGACUCUGAAGAGAAGAAGUCUCAAGCUGUAUACAAAGAUUCAACUUUUGGAGAUGAUAAAGCGAAGCAUAGCGAUGAAGAAUCAUUCGAUCACAUUUCCUAUAGACCUGAAGUUAAUUCCAAGAGAGAAUGGAUUAUUUCAGAAACAGAUUUAGAGUAUAUUAGAAUAGGUACUUAUAUUCUUGGAUGUGGAGGGGGAGGGACACCUUACCCAAUCUUUUUGGAGACAAGAAACAUGCUUCGUGCUGGAGCUACAAUGCGAGUUAUCAAUUUACAUGAUGCUCCUAAAUAUGCUGAAGGUGAAGGUAAAUUCAUCACUGUGGGAUUUGCAGGCUCUCCAACCGUGGCAGAUGAGCAAUUACAGGGGAGAGAAUUACAAGAUGCUAGCGCGGCUAUGUUUGACUACCUAAAUUCAAAGCCAGAUGGAGUCUUCCCCCUCGAAAUAGGAGGUGGAAACGGCUUUAAGGGACUAUACUGCGGAUCCUCUACCAACUUAGAUAUUCCAGUUAUAGACGCAGACUUAAUGGGUAGAGCAUAUCCUACUCAUUCCCAGAUUUUGCCAUGUGCAAUUAGUGACGAAAUGUACUUGACUGUAUCUUCGGUUUCUGAUGGGAACGGAAAUGAUUUCUUGAUCACUUCUGCUCAGAGUGAUGUUUACGUUGAAAAAAUGAUGAGAGCCGCUUUAGCGGAAAUAGGGGCUCAUGUUGGUGUUGUGAAUGUCCCCAUGUCUUCUAAAGAAUUAGUAACAAUGACUGUUCACCAUUCCUUAUCGACUGCCUGGAGAAUUGGAAGGGCUGUGAAAAUCGCUCAUUCUAAAUUAGAAUUUGAAAAAUUGCCUGCUUUAAUCUUAGAGUCAGUAGGAGGAUCUAUAUCAGGACUCGAAAUAUUCAAAGGAAAAAUCAUAGGUGUGGAGAAGAAGCUAUUCAAGGGACAUGUUUAUGGAGAAGUAAUCAUUGAAAAUGACAAGAAAGACAGACUACUUAUUCCCUUCAAGAACGAAAAUAUUUUAGCUAAAGUUCAAAAGCACGGUACACAAGACUGGGAAGUAGUUGCAUCUGUUCCUGACUUGAUUUCUGUUUGUUACGCUGACAGUGGUGAAGCGGUAGGUACGCCGGAAUAUAGAUAUGGAGUAAUGGUAUUUGUUCUUGCAUUUUCUCCUUCCAAUUUAUGGGUUGACACACCAAAAGCACUUGAUGUCGGAGGGCCUAAAUCGUUUGGACCAGCUUUUGAGGAUGUUGAAUAUAAACCAGUAGGUAAAUUUGUUCCUCCAGUUUCUGUCAUUGAUGAGUUUGAAAAAAAAUAG